GUUACACGCCAACGUUCACGGAUUACAAAGAAGACUCCCUACAUACAGAUGGUGUUCAGGAGAUGUCCUUAAAUAUAAAUAAUCUUCCCCCAUCUAAAAGAUCUUCAGCCAUAUGCGAGAUCCAUCCAACCUACAAUAGAUACCACCAUGAGCUGAACUAUUCUUGCCGUGACUCUGAACCGAUGGAUCUAGCGAAAUCUAGCCUUUUAGAUGAGCAGAACCUCUCUUUAUAUCAUGAAACCGUUCCGAAUCAAGUUAUUCCUACCCCUAAUGAGUCUCAACUUCUGGACAUUUCGGUGAUAAUGGAGGAAAAUGUGAUUAAUCAUCCCACCAAAACCUCCCAGUCGAAAAUGCCGAAAACGGUUGAUAUCUCGGUAGACAUGAGCCUCUGUAGCAGUCCCGAUGAAAUUCGUGAUGGUGUCCAUGAUUUGAAACCUAUAAAUAUUAAGGAAAGCGAUCCUAACGAUGAUAUAAAUAAUAAAAAGUUAACCUCCAACCUUCCGAUUCAAUCGAUAGAUAUGUCCCUCGUCGAAAUCUCUAUAUUAGGAAUCAAAUCUUCAGAUAAAACAGAUGAUAGUAGUUAUAAUAUCAAAGAAGGGGUUUCUAAUAACGACAUUGUCUUGGAUGCCUCUUUAUUUGCUAACGAACCUAUUUGCAUUUCAGGUGCCACGUAUACUGAAACUCGAGCUAUUCUUCCCUUGCAAAAUAGCAAUAAUGAUAAAACCGAGAUUGAAGACGAGGAAAAAGAUUUGGUCCCCAAAUUAAAAUCCAUUCUCAAAACUAGGAUAACGAACGAAAAAAUCAUAAUUCGCAACCCUUUCGAUGAUCAAAUCCCAUCCUCGAUUCGAAAACGGAAAGACACCGAAUAUUUAUAUUCGGAAACCGCUGACACCAAAUACAGCCAGGCCAAAAAAAGCGUGCUCACACCUCUCACCUUGCACAAUUCGUCUACAACCGUUAAUAUGGAUCUAUCUGACACUGAGUUAUUGAACGAAGUGAACAUGACUCAUUUGAUCCUCAAUGAGACGGUUACUUGUACAAAUCUUCAUGAUAGUUGCAAUCUCAAUAAUGAUAACCAACUUAUGCGAGACAUAACAUAUACUGUGACUGUGACUAACACUGAGAAUAAAUUGAUUGAGACUGCCAAUAACGAUGCAUUAUUAUUACGAAAGGAAAUGAAAGUUGAUGAGAACAAUUUGGCAACUACUUUCAACAUUUCCCUGGAUUUAUCCGUUGAUACGGCCUGUAAUACCGCGUUUUUGGAUGAUAAUUUCAGUAGUGACAGUUCAAGUUUCGAGAAAAACGAAAAAAAAAUUAUGGAUUUGUGUAGCCAGAAAGUCGUUGUGGCUAAAAUUUCACCUUGCCAACAAGUUUUACCUCCACAAGCUAUCACAGAACGAAUAUCUUGGAAAGAUAUCGAAUCAAAAUAUUACGAUGCCGAAUCUGUAAAUCGAUUCAUCCAAAAUUUCGAGUCCCCUAGUACCACGUUGAAACAAUACUUUGACGAAUGGAUAUCUUCCUUGGAGAUCGACUCUGAUAGCAUUGAAUUUAAUGCAAUUGAAAUAGAACACAAAGCAUCGAUCACUGAUAUCUAUCAAAAUUACCCAGCCCUAUUGCGGGAGUUUGUUGAAGAUAAAUGCCAAACCUACCUUAAUCAAAAAGGCGUUCCCGAUCAUUCUGAAGUUCUAGAUGAGUUAUUGGUUCAACCCGAUUCUGUACCUACGAUUUGCAAGCAAACGGAGAAAUCGGUCGAAACAUUUUUCAAUAAAAUCAAAUUGGAAUUUUUGAAAUCGUUUCAAUCUAUGAUAGAGGUACUUCAACACCAGAAUUUUGAAAAACACCAAAAGUUGAAAGAUGAAGAUACACAAAAAUUAGCCAUGGCAAGGGAAGCAUUAAAAGCCAAAAAAAACGUCAAAAAGGCAGAAUCCCUAAAACAUGAGAACGAAUUUAACGAUCGUAAAAAGAUUUUGGAAAUUCGUAUUGAAGAGGCUAAGAUGGAAAAUGAACGAAUUGCCAAAAAUAUUCAGAUGAAAGAAGACAGGAUAGUCGAAUUACUGACCCGGCGUCUAUCUUUACACAAAGAAAGAGCUAAGUUAUAUAAUAGCUUGAUGGAUAACGUCCUAGAUACAAUGACUGUAUUAGAUGAUGGUAUAUCAAUGGAUGAAGAAUUUGAUGAAAAGGAUGAUGUCGAAAAUGGACAAUUGACACCAAAUGAACGAAUCAAGAUUUAUAAAAAGCAAUUCAUGUGGGAAGUCAAAAAUUGCCCGUGUACAAUUGACGAAAAUAUAGAGGUGUAUUUUAAUGAUAAGACCUAUCUAUUGACUAUAUCUCUUAAGUCCGAUUCCAGCUAUAAUAUAAAUUCUAAGAAUAUUAUGCAAUCUCAAAUUCCUAUAAAGGAUAUUACUUGGCAAAAAAUUCCUUCUGAUGAUCAACUCACAGUACUCGAAAAAUUUAUAGACAAAUAUGGAAAACUCUCAUUUUCAGCACUAAACCUCGCAACUCGUUUUCCCGAUACAAGUUUCAUUCCUAGCAUAUUAUCGGGUACGCAAGUUCUUGCCUCUAAAUUAAAACAUCUUCAAAAAGAAUUACAGUUUUGCUCUUCCAAAAAAUGUACCCUUUAUAUUCUUCCUCAAGUAUCAAAUGAUGCAAUAAAUACAUCCACUAAUGAAAAAGAAGUGGACCAACAAUCCAUAAAAUUUGAAGUGGGCGUGUUUAUCUUUCAGCCAUUUUCUCGUUACAAAAUUCAAAUCGAGCUUUUAUCAAAUUCCUACCUUGAAGACAAGCUUACAUUUCACCUUAAGAGACUAUAUGGACAAGAUCAGGAGGAGUAUAUAAGAAGACAUCUUGAAUCAAUAUCACCUGAAAAAGGAUAUCUAGAAAAAUGUCUCAAUAUUUUUACAGAUAUAGCAUAG